GACACCCUAUCCCAAACGUCGUUGGGCAAUUCCGUCAGAUGACAAGAUCACGAAAAUUGACCGCACUUCCUCGAUCCCUGCUUUUUAAAAGCCAAACCAAAAUAUGUCUUCAUCUCCCCCUCGAAAAAUACUUGCCCAUUUCGUCUUCGUCUCUCAGUCUUUUUUGGUCCUCCCUGUACGAAUCCGUCCGGCUUUAAUUCGUUCCUGAUCUUCACAUCACAAAUCCGGAACCUGUCUGCCGUCCAUCUCCAUCGCUCCCUGCUCGCAGAGCUUGUGGCACGGCAGUGCGCGAGACCUGCGACUCGCGGUUGAUUCAAGGAAUCUUCAUCCUGUUCUUCGCAUUGCGUUUCUGGUCGGACCUCAUCGCCCUCCGAAACCUUCCGGGAGGAUUUUGGGGGGUGAAUGGUUGUGGAAUCUCUUCUCUCUGCUCUGCUUGAGAUUGGCGCAGCAACGGAGAUGAGCUGAGAAUCUCCGGCCAUGGACGCCUGCUUGGCUUUCUGGGGAAGAAGAAACGAUGGAGGAUUAUCACUCCGGGCACCAGCCCUUGGUUACUGCAAGCAGAAGUAAGUUGGGUCGUACUUUUGCCAAGGUUAUGCACAUUCGAGCCAUGCCUGGUGAUGCUAAUGGAAAUCAACGAUCCAAGAAGUUCCACGAAAAAGUGAAAACUGAUGUAGUUAAGAAAGAUUUCCUGAAGCAGCUGCAGUUUAACACUUGGGAUGAUGAAGAGGAAACACUAACGGAGAAAGUGUCAAUAGAAGCCUUUACUGCCAAACUGUUUGCUAGUAUAUCGGCUAUAAAAGCAGCGUACGCCCAGUUGCAAUAUGCCCAGUCUCCUUAUGACCCUGAUGCGAUUCAUGCAGCGGACCAGAUGGUGGUGUCUGAGUUGAAGUGUUUGUCUGAACUGAAACAAUGCUACUUGAAGAAACAGAUUGAGGAUCCUUCACCUGAUAGGACACUGGUUUUGUCUGAAAUCAAGGAGCAGAAUUGCAUCCUCAAAAUUUAUGAAAUCAAAGGAAAGAAGCUGGAGUCUCAGGUAAGACUCAAGGAUUCGGAGAUCACGUUCUUGAGGGAGAAACUGGAAGAAGCGAAAAAGGAAAACAAAAUGAUGGAGAAGAGAUUGAACUCAAGCGGGCAAUUAUCCGUUCCCGACAUUCUUAACUUCUCGGGAUUGAACCCCAGCCAUUUAAUCGCGGCGCUUCGCCAGGCAACGAAAUCAAUUCGGAACUUUGUGAGGCUCCUUGUCAAGGAGAUGGAAUUCGCAGGGUGGGAUUUAGAUGUGGCAGCCAGUGCGAUCGUGCCCGGUUUAACUUUCUGGCAAGCAAAUCACAAAUGCUACACGUUCGAAUCCUUUGUCUGCAGAGAGAUGUUUGAUGGUUUCAAUCUCCCCAACUUCUCCAUUCAACCCCACCAGGUGGAAACCAGAACCAGACACAAACUAUUGUUCUUUGACGGAUUCGAGGAGUUGAAGCCCGUGAAGGCAACCGAUUACCUCGUGUGGAAACCAAACUCUGAAUUCGCAAAGUUCUGCUGCAACAAGUACUUGCGGCUCGUCCACACAAGAAUGGAACAGUCCCUGUUUGGCAAUUUGGACCAGAGGAACUUGGUGAAAUCGGGCGAGUGCCCGGAGACUUGUUUCUUCUCUACAUUUGCCGAAAUGGCAAAGCGCGUUUGGCUCCUACAUUGCCUGGCCUUCUCUUUUGAUCCAGAGGCUUCCAUCUUUCAAGCGAGCCGGGGAAGCCGGUUUUCGGAAGUUUACAUGGAGAGCGUGAGCGACGAGGCAUUCCUGUUUUCAUCGGACCGGACGCCGGAAAGCGAACCUCGGGUGGCUUUCACCGUGGUUCCUGGGUUCAUGGUAGGUAAAACUGUUGUUCAAUCUCAAGUGUACCUUCGUUGAUCCCCCAAUAAUAAUAAUAAUAAUAAUACUAUAGUAGCCCCCACUUGAAUGUCAUUUAUCAAUCACCAGUUCAAGUCGGCCAAAGUGGGACUCAUUUAUUCCCUUCCCUGUACGCGUGUUGGCCUUAUGCACUGGAAUACUACGGAGGGAGAAAUUAUUAUUAUUAUUAUUAUUAUUAUUAGGGUACUGACAGACAAUUUCUUGAGUUUCCUGCACCCAACAAAAAAAAAACACUCAUCCCAAAGGGUCCUCUCAGAACCGGUUGGGCCGUGAUCUUAGAAAGUUUUUCCUAUAAUGCGAGGCUAGCAGCUAGUAGUUUCAGGAAUCUCAGCUGUAUAUUGUAUGAUGAUUAUUUCCAUAAAAACUUGUUUUGCCUCAAAUCCUCCUCAAUUCGAUCUCUUAUAUUUCCUGUCUCAAUUUAUAUUUUCUUUCUUUUCAUGAUCUCGGAUAAUAAUGUUUUGAUUGUUAU